CAUCUAGUUCUCGGACUGCUCCCGCUGUGGGUCCUAGCAGCCCAUCGGCGGGAGGAGGAGCGUCUAGGCCCAGCAGCCUUGCUUUGAGAAGAAGCACUCGCGGCCGCGGCUUCUUGCCUCCCACCCCUGUGGCUCCCGUCGCUGUUCGCCCUGCUGUGGGGAAAGGGAGUUGAUCCACACUCGCAAUCAAGAUGCCCAAGAGGAAGGUCAAUUCUGCAGAAGGGGAAGCAAGGGAGGAGCCCAAGAGGAGAUCAGCCAGAUUGUCAGCUAAACCAGUUCUUGCAAAGGUUGAACCUAAACCCAAAAAGUCAGUUGGGAAGGAUAAAUCUGAGGACAAAAAAGUUCAUACAAAAGGGAAAAAAGGAGCAAAAGGAAAACAAGCAGAAGCUACUAACCAAGAAGAGAAUAAAGAAGACUUGCCUGCAGAAAAUGGAGAAACUAAAAAUGAAGAGGUUCCAGUCUCUGAUUCAGCAGGAGAGAAAGAAACCAAAUCUGAAUAACAUCUUAUACCAAGUCUUUUAACAAUUGUCCCUGUUACCUCCCUUGUACAAUUCAGAGGAAUAUUUUUAUCAACUAUUUUGUAAAUGCCAGUUUUUUAGUAGCUCUAGAAACACAUUUUUAAGAAGGAGGCAAUCCGACCUCAUCACAUUAAUUUUUUAAAACAUUUGGAUAAAUGUAAGCCAAUCUAAAGUGGCUUUAUUUAAAGUCCUAUUUAAAGAGGUGAAAUCAUGUGCUGGUUGUCGAUUUGAUAUUUUUGUUUCUGUUAAUACAACCAGAAAUUAAUAGAAUGUUGAUUAGGAAAAUGGUGUCUUGUGCAUAGACUUAACAUUCCGUAGGCAGUUUUUACAUCAUAUUAAAUAAAGGAUAGAUAGCAAUUUGGAGUUGUGACUAUGAAUUUUAAAAGAUCUUAAUUUUGAUUGAUCGGUAUCCAUCUUGUCUACAAUUGUCUACAAAUUUUGUGUACAAUUGUUUACUAAAUAAAAUUGCUCCCUAGUGUUGGAUCUCCCCUUCAAAACCGUGUGCUCUCUGUGACAUUGUCAUUUUGGUAGAGGUGGAACAGUUUUUUUUUUCCCCCAAUAACUUUGUUAAUGUGGUUUUUAAAAAAAGGACUGAAAAAUGUGUAUCAGUGUAGUUUUAUCAAAUACAGAAUUAGUGGAACUUUUUGUAAAAGACCUAAUACCUUAUUCAUGUCAGGAUGAUGGUAUUUGAUAACCUCUUUUUAGGGAGAGUUGCCUCCAAAUUUAAAGUAAGAAAGUCACUGGAAUAACAGUUUAGAAAAGGAUUACAAUUAUGUAAUUUUUAGACUUUUCUAGCAUUUUUUAAAUGUACAAUUUAUUCAUAGUGUCUAUGUACUGAUGACCAAACAAACUAAUAAAAUCUUGAUUAUAAAAGAA